ACCUCCAAAGCUCAAGUCCCUUUUUAUUCUUCAUGUCUGUGCCAUCCUGACAGCUGAGCCCGUCUUCUGCAGUUUCUCCUAACGGCCGGUCCCCCUCGGCCCCUUCUCCCUGCCAUGAAGAAGACAGACCGCCUCCUUCUCUUUGCAGCGGUUUCCCUCUUCUGGAAUGGAGGAAGUUCAUGCUACAGUGAGGAUAAACCCUCGUCUCCCACAGGGAGCAGCAGCAAAACCAACACAGAAGAGAAGCUCAUGGACUACCUUCUGAAGGAGCAAAAAUAUAAUAAAUUAAUUCGCCCGGCUACCAACUCCUCACAGUUGGUGUCUAUUGAGUUGCAAGUGUCACUAGCCCAGCUCAUCAGUGUGAAUGAACGCGAACAGAUCAUGACCACAAACGUCUGGCUUAAACAGGAGUGGACUGACUAUCGUCUGGCCUGGGACCCGAGUACGUACCAGGGAGUGAAGAUCCUGAGGAUCCCCGCCAAGUGUAUCUGGCUGCCCGACAUUGUGCUUUACAAUAAUGCGGAUGGCACCUACGAAGUUUCUCUCUACACGAAUGCAGUGGUCAGAUUCAACGGGAGCAUCUUCUGGCUGCCCCCAGCCAUCUACAAAAGCGCCUGCAAAAUCGAAGUCAAGCACUUUCCAUUCGAUCAACAAAACUGUACCCUGAAAUUUCGGUCCUGGACCUACGACCACACCGAGAUCGACCUGGUCCUGAAGAACUCCAUGGCCAGCAUGGAUGACUUCACCCCGAGUGGAGAAUGGGACAUCGUCGCCCUCCCCGGGAGGCGGACCGUCAACCCGCUCGACCCCAGCUACGUCGACGUGACGUACGAUUUCAUCAUUAAGAGAAAGCCGCUGUUUUACACCAUCAAUCUCAUCAUUCCUUGCGUGCUGAUCACCUCUCUGGCAAUUCUGGUGUUCUAUCUCCCUUCAGACUGUGGGGAAAAGAUGACCCUGUGCAUCUCGGUGUUGCUGGCCUUGACGGUGUUCUUGCUCCUGAUCUCCAAAAUCGUCCCCCCGACGUCUCUGGACGUCCCGUUGAUCGGGAAGUACUUAAUGUUCACCAUGGUGUUGGUAACCUUCUCCAUCGUGACCAGUGUCUGCGUCCUCAACGUGCACCACAGGUCUCCCAGCACUCACAGUAUGCCUCCCUGGGUCAAGCUGGUUUUCCUCAAGAGGCUGCCCACGUUCCUGUUUAUGAAUCGUCCCGAAAUUCACCCGGCCAGACAAAGGCCCGGCCCCCGGAGAAGGAACAGAGCUGAAGCCACCAGCCCAGCGGAGCUCUACAAGAACUCCAUGUACUUUGUGAACCCGGCCUCGGCCGGGAAGAUCCAAGAUACUGCCGACGGCACUGGGGGCCAGCGGGAUUUCCGGUUAAGGUCGUCUAAGAAAUAUCAACCCGAAGUCCAGGAGGCCAUCGAUGGGGUCAGCUUCAUAGCGGAGCACAUGAAAAGUGACGACAGUGACCAGAGCGUCAUUGAAGAUUGGAAAUACGUUGCCAUGGUAGUGGAUAGACUGUUUCUCUGGAUAUUUGUAUUUGUUUGUGUUGUAGGGACAGUUGGUUUAUUCCUGCCACCCCUCUUUCAGGAUCACUCUCCACCAGAGAGCCCUUAACCCACAUCUCAAACUGCAAAAUAUUUGGACAGACGUAUAUCUCUGUGUACUACAAGUGGUUUCUGGAAAUUUAUUUCAUCAUUUUCCAUCAAAAGUGGAAACUGACCCCUCUGGAACAUUGUUUCAAUCUUAUUAAAACCCAAAUGUAACAGAGCUACGAAAAUGACCCAAUUUGCUAAAAUACUCAAUG